AUGAAUGGGGUAGAAGCAGAUUAUCUUAUUCCUGUUUUUCCAACUCAAUCAUAUCCAAAUUGGUUUAGUUUGGCAACUGGCCUCUAUGUAGAAAAUCACAAUUUCACUGCCGACUUCAUGUUUGAUCCAAAUAAUACUUUGUUUUUUGAACGAGAUUUGGGGGCUGAUGAUUUAAAUGAAAAAUGGUGGCGGGCAAAUCCAGCCCCUUUUUGGUAUUCGGUUGGCAAAGCUGGAAUUGAUGUUCAUUGUUAUUGGUUUGCUACUUGUCAUAUGCCAUAUGUCGAUUUAGUUGUACAAGUUCCUUUGUCAAGACGCCAUAGUUUUAAAAAUGAUGAAGAACAUGAUUUAUAUUCAUAUAUUCCAAACAUAAUGAAAUAUAUUCAAAAAUAUCAAGUUCAUAGAAAACAGUUAGUACUUCUUCGAUAUGAUGGGUUAGGGAAGGCUUUGAGAACGCACGGUGAGGAUUCUGAACAAACAGUUCAAGAGCUUUCUAAUUUUGACCAACAAGUACGGAAAAUCCAGGAGGAAAUGGAGACUUGGGAUUUACUUAGAUCCACAAAUUUAAUUGUUUUAUCCGAUCAUGGAUUAAUAAAAAGUGAAGAACAAAAUCAAUAUUAUAUUGAAGAAUGUAUUGCUGACAGUACAAAAAUUAAACAAAUAGCUAAUUCACUUGCUUUUGCAUUAAUUUGGCCGGAAGAGGAGGAAGAGAAUUCUCGACUUAUUGCACCAAUUGUACUUAUUGCACAACCAGGAUAUCAACUUUUAACAAGGCAAAUUCCUUCAACAUCAGUUAGCGAAAAAUUUGCGAGAGAAUGGAAAAUGUUGGAUGGAUGGGAUAAUGAAAACCCAGACUUACAAGCUUUCAAAUCAGGAUAUAAAGGUGGACCAUUAGAAAUAGUUGAUAUUUAUCAGUUAGUUCUAAAUAUGCUUGGAGUUGACCCCUGCCAUCCAAAUAAUGGAAGUUGGGAAAGAGUUUCAGAAUUUUUAUCUGAUGAACUCGAAGAGAGGUCAUAUCAACCACAAAAUUUUGGUAUAAGGAAUUCAAAGCCUAUUGCAUUAUUAUUAGUUGUGAUAGAAAUAUUAUUAGUUUGUAAUUUUAGUUUUUACUUUUUACCUGCAGAUUUAUUCUAA